AUGCGGUACGCCCUGCGUGUCCGGCAGUCGCCGCUCGUGGCCCUCGGGACUCUGGACGACGACGGCCGCCCGUGGACAAGCAUAUGGGGCGGCGAACGGGGUUUCGCGGCGCCCGUGGCCGAGGGCGUGCUGGCCUUCAACAGCGCCGUCGACAUGCGUCACGAUCCCGUCUUCCAGGCCCUCUGGACGAACCGGGGCCACGACGGCAUCGUGCGGCCCAACGACGGCCGGGGCAAGAUGAUGUCCGCCCUGUCGAUUGAUCUCGAGACGAGGGACCGCGUCAAGCUCGGGGGUGUCAUGGUCGCCGGCGCCGUCGCGAACAAGGGCGCCGUCCAGGCCGCCAUGGUGGUGACGGAGAGCCUGGGCAACUGCCCCAAGUACCUCAACAAGAAGGAGAUUGUGCGGCACGACCCCGGGGGCGCGCAGCUGGUGAGCGACGCGCUGCCGCUGCCCAAGGAGGCGCUGGACCUGUUGUACAAGGCGGACAAUUUCUUUGUGUCGAGCACCAACGGGGAGACGAUGGACACGAACCACCGCGGCGGGCGCCCUGGCUUUGUGAGAGUCGCCAGGAACGAAGGCUCGCAGGUCGAGCUGGUGUACCCGGAAUAUUCCGGAAACAGGCUGUACCAGACGCUGGGGAACCUCAAAGUCAACCCCGUGGUUGGCGUCGUCAUACCGGACUACGACACCGCCAAUGUGCUGUAUCUCACAGGCCGGGCGGACAUUCUCGUCGGCCGGGAGGCGGCGUCCCUGCUCGCGAGGACGCAGCUCGCCGUCAAGGUGACCGUUUCCGCGGCCCGCUUCGUCAGGGCCGGGCUGCCCUUCCGCGGCGUGCAGGGAGAGUACUCGCCGUACAACCCGCCCCUGCGACACCUGGCUUCGGAAAAGGACGACCCUCGCGCCGUCGACGACCCGUCGGUCCGCUCCGACGUCCCCGCCUCCCUCGUCGACCGGCGGGUGCUCACCCCCUCCAUCAACACAUUCACCUUCAAGCUCUCGUCGGCCGGGGGCCAGGCGCUGCCAAAGUGGGAGGCGGGUCAGCACGUGUCCCUCGACUUCGAGCCCGAGCUGGGCUUCGGAUACGCACACAUGCGCGACGAGGACCCACAGAGCAUAAACGACGACUUUGUCCGGACCUUUACGGUGUCGAGUCCGCCGGGCUGGAGAGACGGCGAGUUCCAAAUCACGGCGCGGCGCCACGGGCCGGCAACCGGCUUGCUGUGGAGACGGAACAUCCGGGCGCCGCUCGAUAUCCCCGUUCUGGGGUUCGGGGGCGAGCACAAGUUUCGGCUGCCCGUUCAGAAGGGCGAGCGGCCGGUCUAUGUAGCCGGGGGCGUGGGGAUAACGCCGAUUCUGGCACAGGCUAGAAACGUCUUGGACGCGGGCGUGGAACUGAGCAUGCUGUGGAGUUUGAGGGGGGAGGAUUUGGGCCUCGCCGUCGAUACGUUUGCGCUGAUUCCUGGCCUGGCUGGUGUGACGAGCUUGUACGUUACGGGGACGCAAGCCGAUGAGGCGGUGGUGCAGAAGCUCAAGGGCUUGGGAUUGCUGGCUAUGGAGAGGAGGAGGCUUGGGGCGGAUGAUGUAAAGGCGUACACGGGGGAGAAUAGAAGGUUUUAUCUGUGUGCUGGGCCGGCAUUGUUGGCGUUGCUGACUGGGUGGCUGACUGGUGAGGACGUGGUUUGGGAGGAUUUUGGGUAUUGA